AUGGCCUCCAACCUCGUCGAGCUCGUCAACGAAUACUACGAGGCCAGAAAACCCUACACCCAGAUGCUGCGAGAAGCCCAUGCCAGCCUACCUACUAAACACUCCUCCCCCAAAACCGACACAUCUACCGCUGAAGCCAUUGACAUGGUCCAAUCUCAGCAAGAGUCGCCGUUCUCAACUUCCCCCAGGAUACCAAACGAAGAGAUGAGGGACGUUUUGAAAAGGCUGGAGGCUACCAAGAUCGAGUAUGCGCAGGGAGAUAAGUCUACGGGGAAGGCUUCUGCGGAAAGGAAGGGGAAGGCUCCUGUGGAAAAGAAAUGA